AGACUAUUGGAGACAUCGAAGGGUACGUUGGUGGACCACCAGCUGCAGACAGUGGAGAGAAAGAACACGUGCUCGUUUGCCUAAAGAUAGAAAUAAAUAACCGUCGAGGAGUUUUGCUCCUGGACCCGGGUUACCACGUCGCUCGGGUGAUAACUGUAAUGGGGGAUAAAAUGUACCCGCAUACCGGUUGGUUUACCCAGUUCGAUGACAAGGAGUGUAAAAAAGAGUACAAUUAUUCUCUGUGCGUCCAAGACCCGGACUACGUCGAGUGGCACGACAGAGAAACACGCCCUGGUGCCUUGGAGAAUACACAAGUUGCUCUUAUUUACGUCGCUCGGCCAUAUUUGACUGCCAUUGACGUCACUGAGCGUCGUAACUUGGUCUACAAUUUCCGUAGUUUAGUUGCUAGGGAUACUAAGGGACAUCUGACUGCUGGAAUAUAUUUUCCAUUGAAACUUGAUGACGUCCAGAAUUUUACUAUUUUUUACCAAACUAACAACGGCAAAAAACGGGUUAAAAUGCCCUUUGAUAAAUUUUAUACUCCAUCUAAGGUAGCACCAAAUUACGAAGAUUUAGAAGCGAUAUCAAAAUGCGCAUCUAAAUUAGGAAUGUCUCGUCACGAAUUAGAGAGCCUACUGUCAACUCUUGCGGUGGUCGUCCGCGACACAGGAUUUAUCGCUCAAGUACUUGCGAUCAACACCAGAAUAAACAGCCUCGCUGAAGACAAUUAA